AUGUCGUUGUGUAUACCUGAUGGAGAUAUAUUUCUGGUAAGAAAAAACAGGGAUGGAAGCAAAACAGGGAAGGGAAUGCAACAGAGGUUGGAGCCAGAUGUGUUGUCGAUGGCUUCAGAAGCCUCAACACUAGUAUAUGUUCCUAGCAUUAAAUCCCCCAAAAGGAAAGAUGGAUCACAGAGGCAAAUGUUAGAGGUGGCAGCCGGAGUAGUCGGUGGUGACUGGUUGAAGUCAAUGGACUUAUGCUUCUCAGGACUGUUGGAUUUCUCUUCUGGCUUUGUGGCUUUUGUUUUUAUUCCCCUUUUCUCUUGUUGCAUGCACACUCGACGUACAGGUUCACAAAAUUUGAUUCCUAUUGAUCUUGAAAUCGAGGCUACUGCACGUAAGCAAGGGACUAAGCGGAGACAUAAUAAGAAGAAGGAAGCAAUGGGUGGUGAAGCACCUGCCAAAUUUCUUUGGGAAUAUGGUAUACUGGACACAACCACCGGUAUACUUUCUAGUAUCGUUAGACCAGCCGUCACUGCAUCACAUUUUGAGCUGAAGCCCGAAUUUAUCCAAUUCAUAUCAAAUGAUUUAUUUUCAGGAUCACCUAAUGAUUGCCCUGUAAGUCAUAUUGAUAGCUUUUUGGAGAAGUGCGAUACAAUGAAAAUCAACAAUAUAAGUGACGAUGCUAUUAGACUUCGCCUUUUCCCUUUCUCUCUCCGGGAUAAGGCAAAGGAGUGGUUGAGAGAUGAAGGUGCAGGCUCAUUCGAUACAUGGGAUAAGCUAGUCAAGGCAUUCUUAGUGAAAUUUUUAGGCCAAGAGAAAACUGCCAGGCUAAGAAAUGAGCUAACCACCUUUCGUCAAACCGAUGAUGAGUCAUUGUAUGAAUCUUGGAGAAGGUUUAAACGUUUACAAAGGCAGUGUCCUCAUCAUGGGAUUCAGGAGUGGUUUUUUAUUCAGACUUUCUACAAUGGGCUGACACAUGAAUACCGAAUCUACAUUGAUGCUGCAUCAGGGGGUUCUAUCACGGAAAAGAAUCCAACUGAAGCUAAGGCAUUGAUUGAGAAGAUGGCAGCCAAUGAUAACUAUCAUCCCAGUAGUCGGAACAGUGUUAGAAAGGGAGGUAAGUAUGAUUUAGAUGCUCUAACUAUAUUGACUAGUACUGUGCAGGCUUUAUCACAUAAGAUCGAUCAAUUUGGAGCUGGAUCUUCAUCAUUGGUUGCCUCGUGUCAGAUUUGUGGGGUGCAAGGACAUACCCCAAUUCACUGUCAGUUAAACACUUCAAGAAACACUUACCACUCUAGUGGAAAUAAUAACUUUCACCCAUUCAACACCAAUUUCACCCAACAAUCUGGUUUUCAACAAGGGUCACCCAUUAGUCCACCGCAACCUCAAACUUCUAAACUUAACCUUGAUUCUAUUUUGGAGACUCUUGCUACUUCUCAAGUUCAACAAAAAGAAUUAUUGACCAAGCAGUUUGAGUUACAAGCCAAGCAGAAUGAGCACUUUGAAAAAUCCAUCCAACAACUCCUUGCUCAAAAUAAGGUGAUAGAAACCCAACUUGUUCAACUUUCACAACAAGUGAUUCAUUUAUCAAAACCUCGAGAUCCACCAAAAAUCCAAAAUGCGCAAUGUAGUGCGAUCUUUCUUAAAGAUGAUGGAGCGAGUGUGGAAAGAUUUGUUGAGAAAGAUGGAGAAGUGCUUGGAAUGAUCAAGGAGAAGGGUGUGAGAGAAAAGGUUCCCAUUUAUGUUGCUCCACCCCCGUACGAGGAACCUGUGCCCUUUCCUCAAAGGUUGACUAAGGGUUUGCUAGAUAAGCAUUUUGGGAGAUAUUCUGAGACCCUUAAGAAGGUAUAUGAAACUAUCCCUUUUUCUGACCUUUUGAUUCAAAUGCCUAAAUUUGCUAAGUUUUUAAAAGAAAUAUUAGCCAAUGAUAGGAAUUGUGAUAAAUAA